AUGUCGAUCGCUCUCCGGGCGCGUUGGGCUUGCGCCCCUCGCUUGAGGGUCGCGACGCCGCUCAUCCGGCGGAGCACGCUCUCCAGAACAUUCGCCACCAUCUCCAGCGAGACUGGCAACCCAACCUACGACGUCAUCGUCAUCGGCGGCGGCCACGCGGGCACGGAAGCGGCGACGGCGGCGGCGCGGUCGGGCGCGCGCACGGCGCUGGUGACGCCGUCGGUCGACAACCUGGGAGUGUGCUCGUGCAACCCGUCGUUCGGCGGCAUCGGCAAGGGCACGAUGCUGCGCGAAAUCGACGCGCUGGACGGCGUCGUGGGGCGCGUUGUCGACCGCGCCGGCGUGCAGUUCCGCGUGCUGAACAAGAAAAAAGGUCCCGCCGUCUGGGGGCCCCGCGCGCAGAUCGACCGCAGCUUGUAUCGCAGGUACAUGAAGGAGGAGGUGCUUGGGUACGGGGAGAAGUUGGGGGUGGUGGAGGGGAGUGUUGCGGAUAUUGUGGUGGAGAGAGGGGAGGAGGGGGAGGAGGGGAACACUGGUGCGUUUGGGAGGAUGAAGGGGGUUAGGUUGGAGGAUGGGAGGGUGUUUGAUGCGGGGUGUGUGGUCAUCACGACGGGGACGUUUUUGGGGGGCGAGAUUCACAUUGGUCUCGAGGCGUAUCCUUCCGGAAGAAUGGGCGAGGCUGCGACUUUCGGUCUCAGUAAGUCGUUACGGGAAGCCGGCUUCAAGUUAGGACGGUUGAAGACGGGCACGCCGCCACGGUUGGACCGCAAGACGAUCAAUUUCUCGGAACUGGAAGAGCAGCCGGGCGACGAGCCGCCGAUGCCCUUCAGCUACCUGAACGACAGGGUGCAGGUCGAAGACCAGCUCUUUUGUCACAGCACGCAUACGAACGACGCAGCCCAUGCAAUCAUCCGAGCGAACUUGGAUAAGAGCAUUCACAUUCGGGAGACGGUGAAGGGACCGCGAUACUGCCCCUCGUUGGAGUCGAAGAUCUUGCGGUUCGGGCACAAGGAUAGACAUAUCAUCUGGCUGGAACCGGAAGGCUUCGACACGGACGUGAUAUAUCCCAACGGUAUAUCCAUGACGGUGCCGGCAGAUGCCCAAGCUGCUAUGCUGCGGACAAUCAAGGGCUUGGAAAACGUCACUAUGCUGCAACCCGGCUACGGCGUUGAAUACGACUACGUGGACCCGCGCAACCUCCGCUCAACACUGGAGACCAAGAACAUCAAGGGCCUCUUCCUGGCCGGCCAGAUCAACGGAACCACGGGCUACGAAGAGGCCGCAGGCCAGGGCGUCAUCGCAGGCAUUAACGCCGGCCUCGCAGCGCAGGGCAAGGAGCCCUUCACGCUCACACGCGCCGAUGGCUACAUCGGCAUCAUGAUCGACGACCUCAUCACCAAGGGCGUCACCGAGCCGUACCGCAUGUUCACGUCGCGCAGCGAGUUCCGCAUGAGCGCGCGCGCCGACAAUGCCGACACGCGGCUCACGGCCAAGGGCCGCGCUGCGGGCGUCGUGUCGGACCGGCGCUGGCGCGCCUUCGAGCAAACGUCUGGCGCGAUGGCGGAGCUGAUCGGCCUGCUGCAGGCGCAGUCGGGCGGCUCGGCAUACUGGCUCGCGCGCGGCUUCCGGGUCAGGGAAGACACGUCGAAGCGCACGCCGUUCGACCUACUGCGCCUGGCCGGCGUGACGACGGCGACGCUGGAGAGCGUGGUGCCGCAGAUCGCGCAGUUCGACCCCAAGGUGCGCGAGCGCGUCGAGAUCGAGGGCGUCUACGCGCCGUACGUCGAGCAGCAGAUGGCUGAGAUGCGCAUCUUCCUCAAGGACGAGAAUCUCCGCUUGCCGCCGGACCUAGACUACGAGAGCAUUCAUGGGCUGAGCUUCGAGGAGAAGGCGAUGCUGAAGCUGGCAAGGCCGGAGAGCGUAGGCCAGGCCAGGAGGAUCGAGGGCAUGACGCCGAAUGGAGCGCUGAGGCUGCUGGCGGUCAUCAAGGGAGAGGCGAGGGCGCGAGCGAAGGAGAAGGCCUUGAGGGAGGUUGAGGAGAAGAGGAGGGAGAGGGGGGAGAAGGUCGUCGAUGAGGGUGUUGAGGGGUUGGAGGGGUUGGAGGCGAUUGAGAGCAUUGAGGGAGGGGAGAAGGUGGAGGCUGCGCAGUAA